AUGAGCUAUCGUUCGACCGAACCCGCACCUCAGGCUCGUUAUCUUCUCGGUGUAGGUCCUGUGCCACAGCCGACAGGGCCGCAGAUCGCUGCUGCUUACGUCCAAGCUGGUCUCGAUGGUCGUCUUCCCUCUUUCCGUGUGGCUACGGGGCCUGAUACUCACCGCAAUCGCACGGGAGGCUCGGGACAAUCAGAAGAGGAGACACCUAAGGACUACCAGGGACAGAUCAUCACGCAGAUCCAUUUCCAGAUCCCGUCAGCGCGAGGCAAGAGUCUGGCACUCAAGCUCGACACGACUCGCGAUGCCCUCGCCGUCGGAUACAAGUUCCCCAGCGACAAGGGUGGCGCCAGUCGUCUCGAGAAUGCGGAUGACAUCAAGGAACUCAUCAAGCGCUGGAUACGUUACCGCAAGAACCCUAACUCGAGCCAGGACGGGAAAGUGACCAUCCAGGAUAUGCGGAAGCCGGCGAAGGAUAACAAUACCGCCGCCAAGGAGAAGAAUACCGUCGCCAAGGAGAAGAGUGGGAAGAAGAAGGGCUCGAAUGAGGAAGAGGAGGCACACGGGAAGGCGGAAGAGGAGGCGUGUUCGGACGAGUUUCGUAUCUGUCUUCAGAAGCUGCAAUGCAACUGUGUUGGGUAUGCGGGCCAUGGUACCCGUUACUGUUGGAAGGAUCCUCGCCAUCCCAACGAGCAUCAUCCUUUGUCACUGCAGGACGUGUUGAACUGGGCUCGCUAUAUGAAACUCAAUCCAGAGGCUGACCGUACGUGCACGGUUCGCCCAAACACAAAGGGUUUCGACCAACUCGGCGAACCACGGCGUCAGAAGUCCCCGAAGAAAUCUGCUAAUGAUCCAAACUCUCCUGUCAUCCACGUCCACAUCAACAACGCGCCAAAUGCGGAGAACACGCCGCGCAAGCGCAAGACGCGCGACGACGCCGUGGAAGAAGAUCCUAUUCUCCUCCGUGAUGCUCUUCGGCAGCUUGAUGCCCGUCUCCCGAAGGCAAAGUUCUCAUCGUAUGCCGCAAAGCUUGAGGAGAUGGGCUUUUACUACGCCCAGAGUAUUGUCGACUCGAAGGAUGACCGCGACAUAUUUCUGCGUCGGGAGAACGGCGUCGGGAUGCCUCCUGGGCUUGUCCCGACCUUCCUCCGUGAGACGGAGGCGGUUAUAAUCAAGGCGAAGGAAGCGAAACGGCGUCGUAUCCAGCAUGGCAAGGAGAACAUGCCUCCGGCGAUCAUCCUCAACAGCGACGAUGAUGACGAUGAUGAUACUGAUGGCAACGAGGACGUUGACGAGCUCGCGGGCGACUUGUCGUCGUAA